AUGAAGCUCGUUCUCGGUCUCCUACUCCCUGCCCUGGGCCUAUCUUCCUCCGUCAAACGUGAAGAUACAUGGGGUGGCAGCGUCUCUCUCGGCCCUACCAAAUCCACCAUCGUCAACGCCGUCACCACCCUCAUCCCCGGUGCGGCGCCUGCAACUCAAAGCGGCGAGCUCUUCCUCUGGCCUGGGAUGAGCAACGGCACAGGCGAUCUCGUCCAAACCACGCUGGAAAGCUGGCCCAGCAAUGACUGGUGCGGUGCAACGACGGGCCAAUGGUGUGUAAGGGCCAGUCUGUUCGGUAGUUUUGGACAGCUGGAUGGGGAUGCCAGUCCAGUGAGCGGGACGGAUCAGGUUCGCAUCGAGUAUACUUUGUUGGAUGAUCAGGACACCUGGGUGCAGAAUGUUACCAAUGCGCAGACGGGUAAGGUCCUGUCGACCUUCUCGCACAAGUCUGGACCUUAUAUGACAGGAUAUGGCACUGGAACUGAGUGUAACGGUGGCUGCACGGGCACUGUCGCAGAGCAAAAAUACCUCAACACGAAGAUCACUCUGGCCUCGGCCGACACUACAUUUGGCAACACCAUUGCUUCGGCUGCCGGUGCGACGUACUCUGGCUUGAGCUCGAGCGAGGGAGGAAAGGUGUGGACGAUCGAGAGCAUCACCAUUCCCGCCAUGUCGAGUUCGUAG